CACGUCACCAUACGUCACUACCGCACCUGCGCAGCCAUCUUGAGCAUCUAGCAAGCAGCGGACACAGAAAGGCUGAAAAAAGGAGUAAAAGAGAAAAACACCGUCACCUGACGAAGCACGGAUAUGUCCGCUACAACCAAGUGUAUAUGAUACAAUAGAGGUCGAAUACGUUGGAACGAGCAGGAGACCGUAACAAAGACGGUAAACAGCCUUCUAAGUGCCUCGGAUAGCCGGACCGACAAGUCAUCUUUUCUGACCGGAGGAGGAAGAACAGUCGAGCCGCCGACAGAAAAACACCCAGAGUGACACCAUGAAUCCCGAAUAUGACUAUCUUUUCAAGCUCCUGCUCAUCGGAGACUCUGGAGUGGGGAAGUCCUGCCUUCUGCUGCGCUUUGCUGAUGACACCUACACAGAGAGCUACAUCAGCACCAUCGGAGUGGACUUUAAGAUCCGCACCAUUGAGCUAGAUGGCAAGACCAUCAAACUGCAGAUCUGGGACACUGCAGGUCAGGAGAGGUUUCGUACCAUCACUUCCAGUUACUACCGUGGAGCUCAUGGCAUCAUAGUUGUAUAUGAUGUGACGGAUCAGGAGUCCUACAACAACGUCAAGCAGUGGCUUCAGGAAAUCGACCGCUACGCCAGUGAAAAUGUUAACAAGCUUCUGGUGGGCAACAAGUGUGACCUGACCACUAAGAAAGUAGUGGACUACACAACAGCCAAGGAGUUCGCAGACUCUUUGGCCAUCCCCUUCCUGGAGACGAGCGCCAAGAAUGCCACCAACGUGGAGCAGGCUUUCAUGACCAUGGCUGCGGAGAUCAAGAAGCGCAUGGGCCCCGGGGCCACGGCCGGUGGCGACAAGCCCAACUUAAAAAUCGAGAGCACUCCCGUCAGGCAGUCUGGAGGGGGUUGUUGUUAAAGGGCCGCUCACCUCCACCAUCCUGACCAUCACCUCCACCAUCUCCACUUUCUUCCCCUUCUGUGCCCCCCCCCAGCCAUUAUCUCUGCCACUCCACCCCACCCCACCCGUUCCUCCAUAACACCCUGUAACCCACACACAACUCCCUGACUCCCCCUCUGUCGGCCUGCUGGAGAUCCAGAGAUGGUCGGCCACACAGGAAUAAACUGUAAGAGUGUUAAGAUCAGAACUUUGCGAGCAGUAAUUCAGGCCUGUCUACCUGCCAAACAACAGAGAGGAGAGCAGUGUGUGAGGGAGGGACAGAAACAGACACCCAGGCAACUUUCACUUUUUGCCAAGAGGACAGAAAGUAAACAGAUACGGAGGAAGAUUGGUAUUGAUUCAGAAUGGAAUGGAGGCAGUGGAAGAUUAGGUUUAGAUACCAGAGAGCUUAUCUCGAGACACAAAUACAUACACAGACUCACACACUCUCACACUCACACACUCUCACACUCACUCACACACACACACACACACACACACACACACACACACACACACACACACACACACACAGUGGUGUGGCAGGGGUUAAAGACAUUCAAGCCUUUUGGCUCAACUCUUUUCUCCUCAGGCUGCAUCUGUCUUUGCUGAUUUCAUCUUGUGGCAGCCCCACACCUCGUCCCAGCCCCAACUUAUUUUUCUGCACACACACACACACACACACACACACACACACACACACACACACAGACGCAGUGCCUGAGUCACACACUGUACACAGUGGGAGGUGUUCCUGAAUGGCAGCAGCCUGCUAAUCGUGACUCAUCAUUGCCAUUUAUUGAUGAAGAUCCAGGGAAAGCCCUCCAGUGAGCCUCCUCUCCCUCCAUCUGUCCUCUUUCUCAGCUUCCACUCUCACUCUCUUCAAGUGUCUUCAGACAAAGGGCAGAGGGGAACAUUUUCACAUCAUGUCAUUCGUGUGAAAUUGUCCCCAAACAGCCAACUGUAGUGAUGUUAGCUGUGAGCUAGCUAGAAAUGGACACAGUGUGUGUGUAUGUGUUCAGCUCAGACUCUGACUGAUUGCAGGACUCAGCAGGAACUCCAGUUUUUGUUAUUUCCCUCCAGUCCCUCUUCGCCGUAUUCCUUCACUCUCUAUGUUUGUGAAGUAGAUCCAUGACGCCCCGGGAGAAGCCUGAACAUUUCAACUCCCACAGACUUUGCCUCAGUUUGUGCUGCCCACAUGAAUUUGUGUCUUCACACCCACCCAAGUAUUUUUUUUCAGCUUUGAUUCACCUUGCAUUCUAUCUGAACACACCUUUCUGAAGUCAAACAUACAGGGAGCUGCUCUGCACAUUAUAAAACAGUGAUGUGAGAGAAAUCUCUCCACAUGCAGCGCAGUGCUGCAUAAACAUGAAGGGUCCUGGAGCCUUCUGGCUGCAUCAGAAAGUGAAAAAGUGCGAAAUUCACUUCACGUUCUUGUAAAUCAAGCUAGAUAGCAGAUUGACUACUUGUGGGACUAAUUGUCGAGCUGGUGAGCUAUCGUCUAACUAGUUCAUUAGCAAUUUGGAAGCCAGCUAGCUCGACGGCUAAUACUAUGUAAACUGAAUGGCAGCAGCCAUUUUGGCUCCAAAUGUUGCUGUUAUAAAUACUGGUGUGAGCAGGCCCCUUAUGAUGAGUUUUCUGAAGCAUUCUUUAACCAAACUCCACACUGGAGGUGGAGGAGGACCACUGGUGGGUCAGUUAAUUCCACAUGUAGUCGUCAGAGCUGGACAGAGGUGGUGGUUGUGUUAGUUUUUCAUUUUUAGUCUUCAGUCUUCAAAGAAAUCAUUUCCUGUGGGAAAGAAAGCAAUGUGACAAAACACUGUAACAUUUAGCACGGUGACUUCCUGGAAUGACACUAAAUAUUACAGUCUAAGGGCAGAUCACACUGCACACAGACAACGAGGGGGAGUGACUCUGACAGACAGAAGCAAUUGGCAAUGUUCUGCGUUGAUUUUACAAUUCCUGUUUUACUCUUGUUGUGGAUUUAUUGUUUUUUAUUUUCUCAUCCAUAUUUCUGGUAGAGACAAUUUGCUUUGUGGCGGGUUCUGUUUUAGGACGUUGUUGCUUUCUCGCUUGUUUGCAGAUGAAGCUGAGGUGGAGACGUGGUGUGGCUGAGGGGGUGGGGUCUUAAGAAGCUGCUGUUCCUUCCCUGAGAUGGUCUUGUUUGUCAAACAUAGCUGGAGAUGUGAUCCUCACCUGUGUUUCAAGUCCCUGUCCCUGUUUAGCAUUUUUUCUGCAUUAUUGAAGACAUGUCCAUAAUCUGUGGAUUGAUCCCCAAAUUCCAGACACCUCUUACAGAACGUUUAAUGUGAUGAUGAUUUGCAGCUGUUCAAAUUCUCCUCAUUAUUUGAGCAUGAAAUUAAAUUUUUGAUGUUAAAAUAAUCUUAACUCAAGGUCCAGAGUUUUACCAUUCUCUGAAAAAGGCAGAACAUGGACACUGAGUUCAGACUAUUUUUCAUAGUAGAAGUAUUUAUUUCACUUCAGUGCAGCAGCUACAUGUAGGACUGGGUUUCGUUUCAGUCGUAUCAUAAUUUUGCUGCAGCUUCUGAUGUGAUACCGUAAUUUUGGUACAGAGAACAUGCGACCAUACAAGAACUGUGCCUAAAUAAAACACAGCCCUUAACUCAAAAUUAUGAGCACGAAUAAGUUUGAUACCCCUAAAGAUUUUCUUUUCACACUCUUCUCUUAUCCAUUUCCACACCAGACAACAUCCUUGAGUGUACAUGAGUUGAGAUGUUUUGUUGUCAGACUUCAGAAUAAUUAAAGGAAAGUUCUGGUCUGUGACUGGAGAGGAACAAACUGGAGCGAGCAGUUUCCCCUCAUUGUUGUACGAGACAUUCAUGUAAACAGAUAUGAUGAUCAGUUUGGAUCAGACCCAAGGUCGCUCGUCGGGACUGCAGACGGUCGGCGUAGUAACAGAGAAAUCAGAGACAGGUAUGAGGGUAUGAGCAGUGCUCUGCUUCUCAUAGCUGUGUUAGGUCUCAGCGGUAUUUCCAGGGAAACUAGAAGGAAUGUGAGGGAGAGGAGCCCCCCCGGCCUCAUACAUGGGCCUCUUUACCCAAGUAAAGAAAUCUGUGAGACCCUCAGGUUGCUGAGCUGCAAGUAUUUUACCCUGUUUUACUGAAAGAUUUAGUGACUGUCAUACUUUAGAGUCGCAUUCGGGGCUUCACUCACCUAUCUGUGCUCUUCUUGUCAGUUUCAUCACUUGUGUUGUGUUUGGGGGUGUCUGGAGGUCCAGGGACUGACUGGUCUUGGUUUGCUGACCGGAUAUGAACUCCCGACUCUCCCCCUCCAGCUAACCAUAUCACUGCAGCUUGAUGAAUUCCUCAAGAUCCUCCCUGUCCGGCCCCUCCGCUCAGAUAAAAGAACCUGAUCCAGUCUUUGGUUGCACCCCUUGGUUCUCUCUGCAAAAAAAACUUGUCAGCAUUUCAGGUACAACACCGCCUCAGGCGCCUAUGAGGGCGUCACAGAGAGCAUUCAGCUGCAGAAGUGGAAUUUCAGCUCAGGAAAAGUGAAUAUAGAUGAGGCCACAUUGUGUUGAGAACAACAGCCUUCCAUUUGUGAAGCAUCAUCACCGAGAGCUUCAGGUCUGGAGUGAUGGGAGCGAGGCACAGCGGUGACGUCAGCUCCUUCAGAUCAUGUUGGCAUCACUCAGAGAUUGUGUGUGUGUGUGUGUGUGUGUGUGUGUGUGUGUGUGUGUGUGUGUGUGUGUGUGUGGUGCCACCAUUUUCACUGAUAUGUUUUCAGCCCUGUGAGCUUCAAGUUUGCUGUGCAGGAAUGGAAUCUGACAUUAAGGGAGAGGGAAGGAAACAGCAUUAAGUGUGUGCGUGUGUGUGUGUGUGUGUGUGUAGAGCGGGGCAGGGUCGGGUUGUGUGUAACAUUCCUGAGCUUUUUGGACACAUGUUGGCAUCCCAGCAUCACGCCAGUCUCACUUGAGUAGAUGCAGAACAAGCAAUCAUUGGAAACUUAACACCCGAGUCACACACACAUAUACUGGACGUUUUACGGUUUGAUGACUGAUUUCAUUUUUUAAAUCUUUCUUUUCUUGAUAUUCUACUGAUUUUAAUGUAUUCAUUGAAUACUAUACUGUGUUGUCUUGUCCAUGGCAGUGUGAGAGGACACUGGGUAGGGUGGGGAUAGAUGCAGGGUGGGCCUUUUGCUUAUGAAUGUGAUUCUAAUGAAACAACACUUGACUUUUCUUCUUCGGUUGACUUUUUGUAUUUGUUUGGGUUAAAGGGGGUAUUUUCCAUGUCAUUUGCACACUUCAUCGCUGUUCAAUGGCUUAAUAAAGGCACUCACUAGGUGUUGUUUGUUUAAUAAAAAGCACCGGGCAGGAGCUCGCCUGUCAGUCACCUUCUGUCUUCUUUCUGUUUGGCUUGUUCACUUUGGUGCUGUCUCCCUGCUGAGUUUGAUCAUGUUUUUUUUCUGUACA